UUUUUUUUUUCUUCUUAUAUGGAACUAUCAUUUCUCUUGAAAUUUGGUUUAGUUGCUUGUGGCUCUUAUAUUCAUAUCAAUCUUGUAUAAACAUUUAAAAAAAAAUGAGUGCUGUUUUUGAAUUUGACGAUCUCCCUUCUACUCAAGUUUCGAAGGAAAACCUCGAAAGUGGCUAUUCUUCAGAUACAGACGCUGCUGAACCAAAGACACUGCCCUUGGAUGAAAAGCUAUAUGAAGUUGAAUUAGGCGAAAACUUUAUUUCCUCUUCACUCAAAACAACGCCAGCUGCAAAUACACACCGAAAAGUCUGUUUAAGUGAUUUUGAAAUACUCAAACUACUCGGUCGAGGAGCCUAUGGUAAAGUUAUGCUUUGUCGGCAUAAAGAUAGUGGUAUUCUGUAUGCCAUGAAGAUUUUGAAGAAAGCAUCUUUAUUUGUUCAUACCAAGAAUGCUGAACAUACCAAGUCUGAAAGACAGAUUCUAGAAGAAGUCAAGAGUCCAUUUAUUGUUCAAUUGUUCUAUGCAUUCCAAACAGAUGAUAGACUCUAUCUGAUCUUAGAAUAUGCAACAGGUGGUGAAUUGUUUACUCAUAUGGCUGCAGAACAUAUGUUUACAGAAGAUACAGCUCGAUUUUACUUGGCUGAAUUAUUAGUGGCUUUAGAGCAUUUGCAUUCUCUUGGUAUUGUGUAUCGUGACCUGAAGCCAGAGAACUGCUUAUUGGAUGGAGAAGGCCACGUUCGUCUCACUGAUUUUGGUUUAUCUAAGGUGUCAAUCGAAGGCAGCAGAACAAACACAGUUUGUGGAACCGCAGAAUAUAUGGCGCCAGAAAUCCUAUUGGAAUUAGAUUAUGAUAAGAGUGUUGACUUUUGGACAUUUGGCAUAUUGAUGCAUGAAAUGUUGACAGGACAUACCCCAUUUCGAUGUAACAAUAAGAAGAAAACCUUAGACGCUAUCCUUAAGAAAAAGAUCCAGAUUCCUUACUACAUUUCUGCGGAUGCUAAAGAUUUGAUGAUUAGACUUUUGCGCAAAAAUCCCAAUGUUCGUAUUGGACUUGACAAGAUCAAAUCACACAGAUUCUUUCGUAAGGUUGAUUGGAAAGAACUAAAGAAUCGUCAUGUUAUUCCUCCCGUUAUUCCUGUUGUUGUAAGUAUUCAUAGUUAUAUCUGAUAAGACUAAUUUUUUUUAUCUAAAAUAGACCGACCCUUCUUUAGCUGAGAAUUUUGACCAACAAUUUACAAAUGAAGUCAUCAAAGAAACACCUAUUGAAAACACAUUAGAUGCCAAAAUGAGAGAUUAUUUUCUCAACUUUAGUUAUGUUGCUCAAUCUCAUCAUUUGAUGAAGGCUUUUGAAGAUAAAAAUUGACUAAUAAAUCGUCUUGUUUCAUCUUGUUUGUUACAAGGAAAAAUACAUGUACGACCAAAAGAAAAA